CAGAGACUCUGCUCCUUUACACUUCCUGCUGUAACUCACUAUAACGGAAGCAAUUUAUGUGUUUGUGUACAGGAAACAUUUUAUACACAGUGUUUAAUCUGUAAUGCGGUAAAUAGUGAAUAUGAGGAGCAGUGAAAUGUGGGCACACUUCAGCUAAAGCAGCUGAGAUGUUUAUAUGAGGAACAGAAAAGGAGUUUAUUAGUUUCUACAGAAAGAGAAAAAGAUGGCCACUGCAGCAAGCAAUGAGUUUAAACUCAUUGGUCCCGGUGAUAGAGAGAAGUAUAAUUCCUCUGAAGUCACUCUCUCAUGUCGUCUGUCUCCUGAAAUCAGUGCUGUUAACAUGGAGAUCCGGUGGUUUAAGGAGACAGACUGUGUUUGUGUCUAUAAGAACAGACAGGUGACAGAGGGGAGAGGAUACGAGGGCAGAGUGAAUCUGUUCACUCAGGAGUUGGAGAGAGGAAACGUCUCCUUACAGCUGAGAGACUGUAAAAGUUCAGAUAGAGGAAAUUAUCUGUGUCAGGUCACUGAUGGAGACAGAACAGAGGAGAUUACAGUACAGAUGAGACGGGAGGAGAUGAUGAUGAGACGUGAGUAUAAGAGACUUUUCUCUGAUAGUGAUGUCUUGAUGCUGCAUGAAUAAUAGAUGUAUUGUGCAGAUGAAAUAGAUUAGACUGUGCUGUGUGUUCAGACUGCAAUAGCACAUAGAUAUAUGAGCAUCAUGAGCAUAGUGUAGUAACACAACAGACUGUGAUCACUGACAGAACAUUCAUCAUGCUGUUGUCUAGUUUAUCAUUAGUGUUAUAGUAAUGACACUUAAACACUGAGAACCAAAACAACACACAAUAAUCACUAAUGUUGGGCAGCUGGUUUGUUCUGUAGACUGUGUGCUGUGUGUGAAUGAACACAGUCAGAAUGAACACAGUUACACUGCCACAUCCAAUCAGACAGAGCUACAGUGUGAGCUAACAGCUAACGCUAACUAAAACACAAGCUCUUGUUGAAAAUGAGACGUUUUGCUCUUUUACUUUGUACUCAGUAACUGUUACAGUCACACUGAUGACAAAUCAACUCCAAUAUACGUAUUUGACACAAUGAAAAUACAACAUGUAGAACAAUUCAUCAUAAACAUUAGUGAAAGUGUGUAGAGUUCUGAGAGAAAGAAUAAAAGUCCACCAGCAUGAGCUCAGAGGUUUUAUCCAAUAGAUAAACACACAGAUACACUUCAAGAACAAAGGAGCCGAUUACAGUUAGAUAAAAAGUAGAUGAUAGACAGAUGAGACAAAAACUAAGCUGUAGCAGAGUGAUGAAAAGAGGAAAGUGUGAAGUAAAAAGAAAACUGUUCAUGAUCCAAAUCAAAGCAGCACUUCUGUGAAACAUGGAGACAUGGACAUUUCUGGAAGACAGAAGAACUUGUCUUUAUUUUUCCCAGAUACAGAUAGAAAUGUGAUUCAAAUAUGGUGCUGCUCAGCAUUUCCACUUCAUAUGAAGUGUUUUAUUCAACAGCUGAUCACAGAUUUGUGUUACUGCACUGAGAAAAAAACACUCCAUCAAGUAUUUCAUUAUUUACAUAUAAACUAUUUAUAAUGAUUCACUGUCUGUUAUUAUAUUUUAUAAAAAUUGUAGCUGAACAUCUUUGUAGUGAAAACACAGAGUGAAGAUUGUUGAGCAGCUUCUCUGAGUGUAAAUCAUAAGUUUUUCUCUUUGUAUUGUAUCUAACAUUACAUUUCUCUCUCUGUUGUUCUACACGAC